UGUGGAGGUUUUGGCAGGAGGCUAUAAAUGUGAGGCGGUUGCCGUAGAGACGUCUGUCGCUGAAGAGCUGAACGCGGGAGCCUGGCAGAUUUCGAAAGCAGUUUGGGAACGAUUGUGAUGAGCUGGUAGUUGCAGCGAAGCGGUCUCCAGGCUGUCCGCCCUCCCACCCCCCCACUCCCCUUCGAUGCUUUUAAACAACAGGAUGGCUGAUGUGAAAGGCUGCAUCACCAUGAGUGGAAACCCACCGCCGCCUGAGGUCAUAAAUCACACGAGGCCUGGGCGCCUCACUAAUCAGCUGCUGUAUCUGGAGAAGGUGGUAAUGAAAGCAAUGUGGAAACAUCAGUAUUCAUGGCCUUUUCGCCAGCCCGUGGAUGCAGUAGCUCUGUGUCUUCCUGAUUAUUAUAAAAUUAUUACAUAUCCUAUGGAUCUGAGCACUAUCAAGAGGCGACUUGAGAACCGGUAUUACUGGGAAGCAAGCGAGUGUAUUAAAGACGUCAACGUUAUGUUCACCAACUGCUAUAUGUACAACAAGCCUGGAGAUGACAUUGUUUUUAUGGCACAAUCCUUGGAAAAGGCCUUUUUGCAGAAAUUGUCACAAAUGCCAAAGGACGAGUUGGUUCCCACAACCUCCUCACCUGAGCCUCUAAAAGUGAAAAAAACCAAUACAGCAGAUGCAGUGAAGCACAAGUCUGGUAUAUCAGAAGUUGUUCUCCAGCAGAUGGUAACAGUUAUUCCUCCUGACGUAGCUCAGAUCAACCCGCCCAAUCAGCUGUCUGCAAAAACACACCCAGCAAUUAAAAAAACCUUGAAGAGGAAAGCUGACCUGGCAACACCCGGGGAGCUGUCCCCUCUUGAGGAACCUUCAAUAUCUUGCACAUUGAUCUCCAAAACGAGCAACGGAAGGCCCAUUAAACCUCCUAAGAAGGAUUUACCUGGUUUUGACGACAAGAGGGUGAAAAUGUCUGAGCAGCUCCGGUACUGCAACAAUAUCCUUAAAGAGAUGCUGUCAAAAAGGCACUAUGCCUACGCCUGGCCCUUUUAUACGCCAGUGGAUGCAGUGGCCUUGGGUCUGCACGACUACCAUGACAUCAUCAAGCAGCCUAUGGACCUGAGCACCAUCAAGAAAAAAAUGGAUCAGCAAGAGUAUGCAGAUGCCAAGGACUUUGCUGCUGAUGUGCGACUAAUGUUCUCCAACUGCUACAGAUACAAUCCCCCGUCGCAUGAUGUGGUCUACAUGGCAAGAAAACUGCAGGAGGUUUUUGAAGGCCGCUAUGUGAACAUUCCCCAAGAGCCCCAGGGCUGUUCCAUCACCCUCCAGUGUGCCAAAAACGGGAUGUCUAACAGAGUCGGGAGUCCCUCAGCCUCUGAGAGUUCUCCGAGCGAAAGCUUGUCUGAGUCGGAGAGGUCAUCAAAUGAGGUGGCCAUGCAGCUGGCUCAUCUGGAAGAGAAGUUGAAAGCUGUCAGCGAUCAACUGAAGAGACUUACCAAAGAGCCUCUGAUGAAACCUAAGAGGAAAGAGAAGCUGAAAAAGGACAAACGAUCGAAUGAAAAGGGUCUUGCUCGACUGAAGAACAUUUCUGCCAAGUACAACUCCAUAUUAGAAAUGAUUUCACAUUGCAAAAGCACUUCUUUGCAUGGAGGCGGACCUCACAAUAAUGGAGACCCAACAAAACGCAGUGAGAUUUUAUCAAUACCCCUGAGUGACCAGGAGAAGAUGCAGUUAAGGUCACACAUUGACAAGCUGCCCAGUAAAAAAGUGAUCGAGAUGUUGAACCUCAUCAAGAGCAGGGAGAUGUCUCUGGAAAUGUCUGACUCUGGGGAGGUUGAAGUUGACUUUGCAAAGCUCAAAGUGUCCACACAGAGAGCCUUACAGCAGUUUGUAGCCUCCAGUGUGAGCAAAUGCAACACCAGCAGAAACAAAAAAAAGUUGUUGAUUUCCAAAGGAGAAAUUAAGACUGAAAAAACAAAGGAAGGUGGAAAAAGCUUAAUUGUCAGCAACAAAAAGCCAGGGCUGAAGAAACUGAAGCCAUUCGUUGAGGUCUCUGCUAACCACAGCCGCCAGUCCCCCUUCAGCCAAAGCAGCAGCUCAUCAUGUAGUUCUGGCAGCAGCAGUUCCAGCAGCUCAGGCUCCAGCACUGGUGAUGGCAGUGACUCUGAAUCAGUGCUCAAAAUGAGGAAAAAGUCUAAGGUUCUUUGUCAAAAAGGGCACCAAAAGGUGUUACAGAACCCCAACAACAAGUGUGUACCGGAGAGCAGGCCAUCGACCAAGGCCUCGAUUAGAACUUGUCGUCCUUUACAUACCACGAAGUCCGUGGUUCCAGAAGCUAAAAACGAUCCAUCAGAGCCACUUGCUGAACACAUCUAUGAUGAGCUGCCCAUCUCCCCUCAAGAUUUGUCUACGCUUUUAUCCCCCAUGGCUUCUCCUGGACUGCUGCCAGACUGGCCUGCUGCCAGAUUUCAGCAGGCUCCAGUGCUAUCCCCGCUCACAGACAGUCCGUUGCUGUUCAAAGAAGAGAUGAGUUACAUUCAUAUGACAGAUUUCAGGGACCCUGGGGAUUUCCCUUACUGUCAGGGGAGCAACACACCUCACAGCCAGACUAUAAGUAAACCUAUUGAAGAGGAAAAACCCCAGAUUGCUAAAAAGGACAUUUUCCUGAAAAAUGCUGAGUCUUGGGCAAGACUAGUGAAACAGUCGGUCGCUCCAGUUGCUAUCAAGACCUCUAAAGAGAGCUUCCAGCAGUUCCGUAAGGCCGCCAUGGAAAAGGAGGAACGGGACAAAGCCCUGAAGAAGAAACCAUCAGAGGACCACGGAGAGCCGGCGCCUGCCGAGAAGAGCAGCCUCCCAGGCUUGGGUAAAACUGAUCAUCAUCCUGAGAGGAUAAAGGAAGAUCCUGAUUUGCUAGAGAGCAUCUGCCCGGAGGCUGGACUGGAUGCUUCCAAACGUGUGGAGCAGCUAAAGUCUCCAAGUGAAGCAACGCCCCAAAGCCAACCGUCUUCUAUGGAUAAAGAGCGAGAGCUGGCCCGCAGGAAGGAGCAGGAGCGUCGCAGACGAGAGGCGAUGUCUGGUAUCGACAUGACCAUGCAGCGGGACAUCAUGACUACAUUUGAACUUUACCUGGACUAAAGAAUGAAGCUGUAAACUAACUACCUGAACGGUCUCCUGUUGUGCUGGGUUUGAUAUUGUCAACUGCUGUCUCUGAGUUGUAGCACGAAACCCAACCUAAAUAUGCAGUUAAGCCUAAAAAAAACAAAUUUGGGGAGGAAAGGCGUAAAAGAUAAAAUGUCAAACGGACCCCCCCACCCCCUGCCCCCAUUGAGCAUCUUCUGAGGUGUUUAUAGCACUACCAUUUGAAGUCACAUUUCAUGUAAUUAUCCUUCAUCAUUGUACAGUUUGUUGCGAUUUUGUUGUCAGAAACUCUAAGUUCGGUUAGUUUUUGGAUUGGAUUAAGUCCUUUCAGUGAAUUAUUACAAUGUUAAGUUAAUUUUUACUCAGAAAUGCAGAGUUGAGUCUGAAUGCUGGUGCGUCAUACAGUCCUGCGUUACAAUAAUAUGUUAAGAUGUGGAAUAAUGGAACAGGCCUAAAAAGAUUCCCAGCCGAGAAGUAAGCUGUCUGACUUCCUUUUUGCUGGGCUAGUAAUAUAUCAGUGUUAACUGUAGAUGCACUGCGUGUCUGCUUGUGCAUAUAGUUCUGCCAACUCCGCAGCUGUGAGCAACAGUAGCACAUCCUCCAAGCUGUUUGUAUACGUUUAAAAAGGUUUUCUUUUAAUUAACAAAAUAAAGCUAUUUUCACUAAUCUACAUCUGUUCAUGAUUGGAUCUGAUCAAUUGUUGCAUUUUGUUCUACGCUGCUUGUUCUACAUGUUGAUUCUUUAAGUUUUCUCUACGUGUUGUAUUGGGACCGCUAAAAAAACAUGAACUUGUUACAACUCGUAACUGGAAACCUUUCAGGAAAUAAAACAACUCCCACGUAUAAAUUUGUGCU